UCUGGCAGCAGGGGAAAAGACAAGUGGUGGAAAUCCUACAGUCUGCAAAGCAGACUGAAAGGUGACAUAGAAGCUGGAGAUGGGUGGUGGAGAGAGAUUCAACAUUCCAGUUUCCCAAUCUAGAAAUGUUAGUAAGAACCAACAAGAACAACCACCACUUAAUAAGCAAAAAAACAAGGAUCAGAAUCCCCAGAUGAAGAUUGUUCCUAAGAAGAAAGAAAGAGGACAUUCCUUUAAUUCAUCUGCAGCUGCAUGGCAGGCUGUACAAAGUGGGGGGAAGAAUGGGCAUUUUCCAAAUAAUCAAAACUGGAAUUCCAGCUUAGCUAGUUCCAAUUUAUUUUUUAAAUCCCAAACUAAUCAGAACUACGCCGGAGCCAAAUUUAAUGAGUCCCCAUCACCAAGUGUACUGCCUAAACCUCCCAGUCACUGGGUUACAGUUUCCUUGAAUUCUUCUGAUAAAGAAAUAAUGACCUUUCAACUGAAAACCUUACUUAAAGUCCAGUUGUGAUGUGAGAUAAUCAGAUUGUUGAUGUUUAAAUGUUUAGGACUUCAGGUAUUUGACAGGAGUGAAUCAGACUUUGUUCCUGGACAUGGCUAGAGAAUUUGUCUUUCAUCUAUAUAGAGCAGCUGACUGAUU